CCAAAGAAUAGGAUAGGUAAUAACGGUAACGAGUGCCAGGAAUUUGCCACCAAAGAUCUAAGAUCAGCCCAUCAAGCUGGUCGUAUUCCCAUCGAACAACCUUUUCGUUGGAAUAGACAGGUAUUGCUUGACAUCUUGAGAAGUUUAGCCAACCGUUAUCUGGCCGUCAGGGAUAAUGUGCAUGGUAAGAUCAAAGGAAACAUCGAAAUCGAUAAUAGUCGAAUGGAUGUCUUUGUAACCCUUUCUAGUUAUUGGCUUGCCUUGGGAAAGAAGGAAACUGUGCAGGGCAUCGACGUCGUGGUUAAGCAACGGGUCGGACUAUUUUACACCAUUUUUCGCCUGUUUGACCUUGUAUUCAGAAACUUUUUGGUCUUGCAUUAG